AUGACGCACGAGCAGUGCAUCAACCAGGCGGGGAUCUCGUGCGUCUUCAUGAACAGCCAGGCUGCUUGUCUGCGCGGCUUCGCGCUUGGGCUGGCGCUGCCGCGUCUGGGUGCCAGCAGUGCUGUAAAUCCUAUACAUCCAUGCUACACCCUGCUGGUCUCGGCGUUCGUCAUCGCCGUCGUCUGGGCGGGCCUCUCCCUCCUCGCCUCCUCCUUCAGCAUCCCCUGCGUCACCACCCUCGACGUUCACUGCUCGAGAUCUCUCCGUGCCCAGAAGCAUCCUCUGGCGACCUUCUUCGUUGAGGCGCACGACUUCGUUCAUAAUGCUGGAGCGAUCCUCUACCGUCGUGUCAAGGCUCCUGCACCGGCUGCAGAUGGCGCGGCGAUCCCACCUGCCCCGGCUGCUGUGCCUGAUGACGCAGGACGCCCCCCGGCAUCUGUGGUACACAUCCCUGCACCGCACCGCUAUGCUCAGAUGCUCGACUGCUAUCUCCAUGGCAUGCCGAUCUGCCAGUGUCCGACGAAAUGUGAUGGAUGUCAGCGCGAGCUCGAUCCCUCCGUUGCUGCACAUCAUCUCCAGACCUGCAAACGCCGAUCCUCCAAGCUUCCCACGGCGCAUGACAACCUUACUCGUACGAUUCGGUCGAUGCUGAACGAAGCUGGUCUUCAGAGCGUCAUCGAUACAGUGGGGGAUCCUCGUUCUCGACGGCAGGUACCCUCCCAUCCUCAUGGCCGCAAGAUGAAGGGCGAUAUCCACAUCCCUGGAAUCCGCGAUCGAGGGUCCGAGCAGUACGAGGGCUUGAUGGCGGACGUGACGUUGGUCCACCCUUACAUUGGUAGCUCUGCCGACCUGACCAAGUGGGGGGAGGUCAACCUCGACGCCCUCCAUGUUGCAGCGUCUGAGAAGAUUCGCAAACAUCGCGCUGCAUAUGCCAUGACUACUCCUCCUCGAGCGUUCAUCCCUCUUGCCAUCUCGACGGACGGUACCCUGCAUCCUGACACCCUCCGCUUCAUCUGGUAUUUGGCGGACAUCAUUGCUCAGCGCUCAAUGCCUCUUGAGGAUGCGGCGUUUGGUCGGCACUUUGUGCCUGAUGACGGACCUGCUGCUGAGGUCUUGGCUCGCAAACGCGCCGCCACCUAUCAGCGCCUCACCAUGCAGCUGACGCUGGAAGCGCUCUUGUCUGGUGCGAGGCGCAUGACGCCCUUGCGGGCGCAAGCACUUCUCGAGCCAGAGGACAGCUCCUCCUCGGACUUUGUCGAGUCGCCCGAGGAGUCUUCGCCGGAGGUCUCCGACUCCGAUGGGGGACACCCUUCGAGUGGCCCCGACGAUGGGCGCGGAGCUGGCGAGGCGUCUCCGUCCCUCACUGUGACGUCGGGUGCCUCCGGAGAGCUCGACACCACUGGGGUGCUUGCUGCUGGUCCGAGCUCGCCUGCUUCCUCCCCGGCAUCGGUCGCCGGGUCACGCCGGUCCUUGGGCAUUGCCGCGGCGUUGCCGCCGUCACGGGCGGCUACCACUGACUUGGCUACCGCUGACUCGGAGGCUAGCGAGGAGGACUACCUCGAGCGGUACCGUGUUCCUGUGUCCAGCCUCCCUCCGUCCGCUGCCCCAGGCGGACCCCCGGGCAACGCCGGCUCCUUGUCGGCGGCUGCCCUUUCUCCGUCCGCGGCCGCCCGCUUUGUGGCGGCAGCCGCGGACGUCUCGACUGACAGUGGUCAGUCGGCUGCCUCCGGGUAUCGCGUCUAA